AGUGUUUGAAAAAUGGCACAGAAUCACCAAACUCCCAAUCAACAACCAGAACCAAUGGAACACCAGACGAGCGAUAACAUCCCUCAAAGUGAGAAAAUACGGAAAAACCAAGUCGAGAACAGUGCUGAAGGGAUGGUAUGGCGAGUCGACGAUAUGAAUCGACUCCAUCGCUUCUUGGUGCUUGGAAGUGAGGGAGGUACCUACUAUACGGGAGAAAGGGAGCUUGGCAAGGAGAAUGCAAAAGUUAUAUUGCGUCUUUUUAAAGCCGGGAGGGGUGUAGAGGUCGUCAAUAAAAUUUUAACUUUCAGUCUCGAAGGACGAACGGCAAAGCAGGAUCCAGUUAUACUUGCAUUGGCCAUGUGCGCUCGUUCGGAUGAUUUACCAACAAAGCAAAGAGCCUACGAGGUGAUGCCACAAAUCUGCCGCAUUCCCACACAUCUUUUUAUGUUUGUUCUAUACAGUAAAAAGGUUAGCCACCCAAGCACAGGUUGGGGUAAAGCCUCCCGCAAAGCAAUCCAAAAGUGGUAUAUCGAAAAAUCACCCAUGCAGUUAGCAAUGGCCAUAACAAAGUACCGAAAACAUAAAGGGUGGUCACACGCUGACAUCGCACGAGUCACUCAUCUCAAGUCGGACAACCCUGCGAUACAAUGCAUUUUGAGGUAUGCCGCCCGAGGUUUUACCGAAAUGUCAACAGCAUUCCCAGAUUCGGUUCAGAACAGCGAAGAACUUAACUCGGUGUUGAGUUUCUUCAAAGCUGUUGAAGAGAUGAAAAAGUUGACAAUGGACGAUGAGGACAGGGUUGUGGAGUUAAUUGAAAGACAGCAGUUGGUACGGGAGCAUAUCCCAACUGUGUGCCUUGGGUCAAAAAAGGUAAUUAACAAGGUUGUAUGAUUGUGUGACAUCCCCUAGCGUUGGACUUGUGGCUAUUCACUUCAUCUUGUGUGCAUGUGAACAAUCCUCACAAUUUUAACCCAUUAAGUUGCAUUGCACCCUACUGUACUUUACUAUUUUAGCUGAAGAGAGUUAUGUCGAAUUUAAUUCUUGCGUGUUAGUUGAAAGAAAAUAUCCGUAGUAGAGAUAGGGUGUGAUUAUUGGAAAAAGUGGGCGUAGCUCAAACUUAACUCUCGGAAAUCUCUCUGAUAUAACUCUCACUGUGAUAACUCUCCAGUAAAAAUCAUUACAGGCAAAUAGAAAGUUGUUAGUUUCUUAGCUGCAAGUAGAAUUUGUUUUAACAUUUUGCCAGAAAUUUAUUUUUACACAUUGAUUCUUUGUUAGUAAAUCAGCUGAAAUCAACAAAACUAGACCUGAUCAUGCACUGAUGGCAAGUGAAUUUCAUUCCACUGGGCCGGUUGUAUAAAACUCUUAAUCACUUUGCUUCUUAUUGGGUGACGUUUCUACUAACUCUAGUGUUCGAAAUAUCACACACUCGAACCGAUCUGACCGCGUAGCUCAGUUGGCAGAGCAUUGGGCCAAUAUUCCAAAGGUCGUAGAUUCGAUUCCCACCGUGGUCAGGCAUAUUUUUCAAGCUUGCCCGGUGUGGAUAUGCACUCCGAGUAACAUCACAAGCAUCAUAUUCACCUGGGUACGUUACACCGACACAGAAAAAUCAUUAUAGUGUUCUGUUUUGGGCUUAUUUGGCCCCUGUUAGAGCCGAAACGGCCCCGGUUUUAAAUAGCCAAAAUGGCCCUUGUAAAAUUACUGUGUAUAGUUCACUUUCAUCACUUUUUUAUACAACUGGCCUCAGGCGACCAAUUUUCUUGUUUAACUUACCCUAAUCAUCACCCAUAUAACUACGUCCACCAAAAGGCAUUCCUCCAAAUGUUGAAGUUUUUAAUAGAAUUUGUCUUCAAUUUUAAGGUAUGGAAUGCACUUCUUAAGAAAAUGCCAAUGACGGCAAUGAUUCGUAACCUUAACAAGAUGACAGCGAUUGGUUUGCUUGAAGGAAACAAUCAUGAACAGCUGCAGUCAGUGUGUCAGAAACUGCGCAACGAAGACUUGCUGAGUAGAGCUCGUAUCCACCCAUUCAAUGUGUUGCUAGCGUUGAAACAGUACGAAUCUGGCCGUGGGGACAAGGGAUCUCUCAAAUGGGAGGCAAAUCCGAUCAUUACCAAAGCAUUGGAGGACGCGUUUUAUUUGUCAUUCAAGGUUGGUUGGGUUGUGUACUGUAAAUUUGGGAGUAUUACCACACCAAAGUCGGUGAAAAUUAUUGCCUCUGUAUGGAUACCAAUUUGGUGUCAAAUUACACUGAAUUUGGGGUCACUAUGGGCGUAGAAACACAAACAGUGCUCAAUACCAUAUAGAUAGAGCGUAAUAUAGUUUUUCGUUUUACCUCAAAAAACCACAACAGUCUGUUUCAUCCUAUACGGAUGACACUCUAUCGCUGCUAUAACACUCUAUCGCUGCUAUAUCACACUCAAUCGCUGCUAUAACACUAUGACAAUAUCUUUCUGCUUGCGCCUUGCGCUGGGUAUGGAAAUUAUGAAAUGCACACUCGAGAACAUUUUCAACUUAUAUACAGGGUGUCUAAAAAAAAAACGCUACGGAAAUUCAACAGGCUGUUGUGCAUCACAAACUUAACUAAACAAUUCAAUUUUUACAUAAGACGAAAGAGCUGUUAUUUAGCUUUUCUAUUUUCAUAAACCGUAACGAUGAGAAAUGGCCAUUUACUCGUCAAAUAAAAAUUUUCGGUCAAAAUCACAUUCUUCCACUGUUGGGAAUUGAAAAUGCAUUAAUUAUGCGAAGUUAAUCAAUCCAAAAGCACCGCGAGUCUGCUGCAAGGUACUUGUUUCGUAAAACGUUUUUAUUACGAAUGUUCUCUGUUCAGGGGUUAAUUGAACCAUGUUUAAUGCAAUAAUGCACGUUCUUAUGGUCUCACUAAGAUGAAGAUUGACGAGUUGAGCUUAUUUUAGAUAAUUUAACAUUUAAUUUUAAUUCCCUUUUGGGAAUUGUUUAUGUUUCAUUUUCCAUGCGAUCACCCAACGGUGGAAGAAUGUGAUUUCGACCGGCAAUUUUUAUUUGACGAGUAUAUGUGGACAUUUCUCAUCGUUACGAUUUAAAAAGAGUAUCAUUCAAAAGCUAAAUAACUGUUCUUUCGUCCUAUGUAAAAAUUGGAUUGUUUAGCUACGUUUAUGAUGCACGACAUCCUGCUGAAUUUCCAUAGCGUUUUAUAUAUAUAUAUAUAUAUAUGUAUAUGUAUAUAUAUAUAUAUAUAUAUAUAUAUAAAAGAUUUUUAAUCAAGGCAUUUCAUUAAUUGAAUAAUUCUACAAAUUAUUUUGUUCUCUGGAUUGUAUUUUAAAUUACAAUCCAGAUAACAAAAUAAUUUGUAGAAUUAUUUCUAGAAAUUAUUUUAAUUAUAAUUAGAACGACGACAUUUAGACCGUCUAUUAACCUUAAAGUUAAACAUUAAAAGUUGCCAGCUAAUUGUUCAUUUCUGUUCUCAAUUUCAGAAUGUAGAACCGACAGGUAAACGACACAUGUUGGCCAUGGACGUGAGUGGAUCCAUGCAAUGUGGUGGGUGUGUCGGAUCACCCAGUAUUCAGCCUCAUGUUGCUUCUGCUGCAAUGGCGAUGGUACAAACUGACAUUGUAUUUACACCACGAUAACAUUAGGCCGUAUAUUAACCUUAAACAUUAAAGUUGCUAGUUGCUCAUUUCUGUUCUCAAUUUUAUUUUUAGAAUGUAGAACCGACAGAUAAAGAACAGGAUGUGCAGUGUGGUGGGUGUGUGGGAUCACCCAGUAUUCAGCCUCGUGUUGCUGCAGCUGCAAUGGCGAUGGUCACAGCUCGGACUGAAAAUGAUCCUCAAUUCGUCGCUUUCAGCCAGACAAUUGUUCCUAUGAACAUAAAUAGUAACAUGAGCUUGGAAGAAGUGUUGAAAGCAGCAUCUUCGGUGGCUAAAACAAAUACAGCCGAGGUAUUUGCAGUUUUUAAAUUUUCUAAAUUUUAUUU